GUAACGCCUGUGCGCGCGCAACCAUCUGAUCCGCUCGUCGUACUUUCAUUCUCAAGUUUUGCAGUGUGUACUGUGUAUGUGUACAUUGCAAAGAGCAGACUUUGCUGGUCAAAUGACACCUUCUCUGCACUCGUAUGUGUUGCUUACGUCGCUUCAAUAACAUUAAAAAUCGCAACUGGAUGAGCCUCGUCUCGUUUCGGUGUAAAAUAAUUAAUACUGCUAGCAUUGAGGCCUCGCGUCAUCGUGAUUUGUGCUUAUUGGAGCUUUCCGAUGUGGGAGCAUCGCGUCGUCGAUGAUUAGCAGUCAAAUCUAAUGCGGACAGCGAGAACUGUUUCAUCGAGCUGAUUGAUACACGAAAUGUUGAAAGAUUUUUGGCGGCCAGGCUCUAGCCGCCUCAGUCGUCUGAAUGUGUCGUCGUUAUCGGAUCUCAUCAACCCUCUCUUCUGCGGAUCCAUUUGCACUACCCCGGCCAAAGUGCGCAGCGGCGUCCAGCUCUGGAAAGCCACUAUCCCGAUUGUCAUGAUCAAUGGCCCUGUUUCAGCAAGUUUAUACGAAUAAAGUGCUGCUCGACGACACCCAACUUCUCACAUGUUGCAUUGAAAACGCACGUCCUAUCGACGGCCAUACGGAGUACGUUAUUAAAGUACAAAGAGGACCAUUGCCUGACAAUUCUUGGCGAGUCAAUAGACGAUACAAUGAUUUCAUUCAACUCCAUGCUGUGCUUUCUACCUCAGGCCUCCAAUUGCCACUGCCUCCAAAAAAAAUUAUUGGUAAUAUGGAUCCAGAAUUCAUAGUUCAAAGACAAGCAGCCUUACAGAACUAUUUAAACAUUGUACUCAUGAAUCCAAUUUUAGCAUCUUCACUGUAUAUGAAAAAAUUUUUAGAUCCUGAAAAUUACAUAGCUCCUCUUCAUGAAAUUGCUCUGCAGCAAGUGUCACUGGCUUUAAGAAGCGAUGCAAAUUUUGAAGUCGGAAAAGCUAUUCCUGAUAUGGGAUGGCGGCUUCGAAAACAUUACUAUACAGUCAAAAAUAAACAAAAUCUCAAGCAAGAAUUACUGCUUGCAUGGGUAGAGUUUGGACCAGAUAAAUUUCUUCAAGAUAAAGAUAUGAUAGGUGUUUUUAAAAGUCUUGGAAAUUUAAAACAUCAUUAUAUAGAGCCUAUUAUACAUCUUCAUGCAACUGAAAAUGGUGCUUUGAGCAUUCGCAAUUUUUAUCCAGAUGGAACAUUAAGAGAUAUUUUAUGUAACACAAAACCGAAACAGGCUUUUAUAAAAAAAUAUGGGAAUCCAAAACAAUCAAAGUCAUUAACUACAUCUGAAAUAUCUACUUAUGCAUAUCAAGUAUUAGAAGCUCUUCAGUUUUUGCAUGAAAAAGGUUUACCAUAUGGUCACUUACAUACUGGAAAUAUUGUGUUGACUCCUAAUGGCAUAAAAUUAUUAGAUAUAGAAAAUGGACUUUUGGGCUUGCCAGCAUUUUAUCGACCUUACGUGGUACAGAGAAGAAAAUUAUAUGCUGCACCUCAAGUUGAUAUAUAUGCUUUUGGGCAUGUACUUUAUGAAAUGGCAUUUGGACAACCUCUACUUGAAGCUACAUUUGAGAGUUUAAAUUUACCUCAUUGUGAUGCAAAACUGAAAAAUGUUUUGGAAAUCAUCUUAUCUCAUGAAGCUUUGAAACACGAUCUCCCUACUGCUGCUCAGUUAAUGAAACAUCCAUUUUUUGAAAGUGCUCAACAAAAUGCUAGUGCAAUUGAAAAACCAUAUUUUAAACUCAAUAGUCAUUUGAAAGAUGCGCUUUUGGAAGCCAUAAAUAAAACUGAAGCUAGACUUAAAGAUGAACAGAAAGUAGCUAGACACCAAAAAAGACUCAUCAGAGUUCAAGAAAUGAUGAGUUCUGAUGAAGAAAUGAAAAAAAGGCGGCAUAAAUUGAAAAAAGAACAAAAAUUAGCUCAAGAGCGUUUGUCAAACCAAUUUUGUAAAAAUGAUACUAGAAAUACUAAUGGAAAAAGUUCAGAAAGAUCUGACAGUCCUACUAGCACAUCAACUGCAACUAGCAUUGGAACUUUAACACCACCAUCACAUAGUGCACCAGAGAUGAUACAUCGUUCCAGAGAGGUAAAAGAAGAGUUCAAGCCUCCGCCACCUCCGAUGCCAGCAAUGCAUGCUGAAACUACACCAAAUACACAAAACACAAAUGAUCGCGCUUCGUUACUAAGAAGUAUUAGUUCGUUUAACAAAACAAAUUUACGAAAAGUUUCUAGGGACAAUUGUUAAUAUUGUGUAAUAAUAUGUUCAAAAAUAUUAUAUUAUCUUUAUAUAAAUUAAUAAAUAUAUAGUUCAACCUUGAACAUUCCAUUUUUCGUUGUGAACGAUAUAUAUAUAAUGUACGAAAAAUAUGUUCAUGCUGAGUUGUUAUAAUUUUGAAAUUAAGAUUUUUAUUAGAAAUAUUUAGAGAAGAAAGAUGUUAUCCAAGUGGAAAAUUCAUCACUGUGCUGUGACUUUCGACUAAACAUAAUUUUUGUGAAAGUAGAGCAUAUAUAAAUAUGAAUGCAUGGUAUCAUGUAUAUUUAUCAGUGAAUGACUAGCAAGCGUAAAUCAAAUAAUUAAAAACGAUUCAUUACUUAACGCGUUGUUUUGUAGUCCAAAAGUAUGUCACUUUUCGCAAAUAUUUGUCCGCGAAAUUUCUUAACGAACAAUUUAAAUAUAAAUCAAUAUGCUAGGAGUACAUAA